AUGCCGCUCUUGCUCCCUUCGCUGCUGACCUCCUCCUUCUGCUCUGGAGCCGCGGGCUUCACUGGCGUCGCUCCUCGUAGUCCUGCUCGUCUUCUCGCUUUCCCAAUCUGCUUGCCGUCCUCCGCCCAUUGCCAUGCGCCGUCUGCGGUCAUAUCCUGGCUCGGCUCAGUGGGGGAACCGUCAUCGUCGGCGAUGUCGCGCCUUCCACCGCCCCGCGCAGUGGGGGAACUGUCGUCGUCGGCGAUGUCGCGCCUUCGCCGCCCCGCGCAGUGGGGAACAGUCGCCGUCAGCGAUGUCGCGCCUUCCGCCGCCCCUCACAGUGGGGGAGCCUUCGUCGUCGGCGAUGUCAUGCCUUCCGCCGCCCCGCGCAGUGGGGGAACAGUCGCCGUCAGCGAUGUCGCGCCUUCCGCCGCCCCUCGCAGUGGGGGAGCCUUCGUCGUCAGCGAUUACACGCCUUCCGCCGCCCCGCACAGUGGGGAAACCAUCGUCGUUGGCGAUGUCGUGCCUUCCGCCGCCCCGCGUAGUGGGGAACUGUCGUCGCCGGUGAUGUCGCACCUUCUGCCGCCCCGCGCAGUGGGGGAACCGUCGUCGCCGCGAUGCCGCGCCUUCUGCUGCCUCGAGCAGGCUGGGGCUCUUCCCCUUCCUCCUCAUCACCCUGCUCGCUCGUAG